CCGGUCUACUCCACCUUACAAGUCUCACUUAUCUAGACUGAGGACUGACAAGGCUUCGGGCGCACUUCGGUCGGCUUGAAAACUACUUUUGCUGUUUCGACAUUGACGACGUGGCCAUCACAACGCUCAGUAGUAGGAGGAGGAAGGGGUCCAGAAAGCACACAAUUCGGCAUGGCACCUGCGACGAAACAAACCGCGAAGCCCAAUGCAAAACCUGUGUUCAAGACAUCGUCGCCAUUUUCUGAGACGCAGUGGCCUGAGAUAACACGCGAGGACGAAGAAGUCAUAUUAGAAUUGCUAUCCAAUCUUAUCACACCUUUAGGCGACCAUCGCAGAACCCAUAUCCACCCAUCCAAAGGCAAGAAGCGCAAACGUAACACCAAGACAAACGAAGAUGGCCCUGAUAUGCUCGGGAACACGCCCUCAUCACCGGAAAUUGGUAAUCACUUGGUUGUUGGCAUCAACCAUGUCACUCGGCAUCUAGAGGCCUUGGCUGCAAAGAACGCUCCGACUACAGUACCUGUUGCGUAUCCCAAGUCUACUCCAGAGGGCACCAAUGAAAAUACCGCGACAGCAGACCAUUCCAAAAACUCUCUCAGACCCUUAAGCAUGGUCAUACUAACACACCCCAAGCCCUCAUUAUCACCCGCACACGCCCACUUCCCAACGCUAGUCCACUUGUCGGCUCUCUCUCCAUCAUCUGCUUCGACCAUAUCCGAGGCAGCUACGAGGUUCAUUCCGUUGCAGACAACAGCAGAUACCCGGCUCGCGUCUAGUCUACACGUUCCCCGUGUGGGUGCCAUGGGAAUCUACGCAGGUGCGCCGGGAGCGAAAACACUGGAGCUAUACGUCCGCGAGCAUAUUGGGCUGACAGAGUGCAAAUGGGUCGACGAGGCUAUGAGCGCAGAGUGGAAGGGUUUGCAUGUCAAAAGCGAGAUACCUAGCUCAAAGUAGGCGAUAAUCUGAGGUCAAAACUAAUAUUGGGUUCUUUGGUAUAAGUAUAGUUCGACGGUCGUAACGCAUCAACAAAACGCCUGCAAUGCACAUCCUUCAAGUUCAAUAGCUACUCCUGGUAGACCA